GAGGAUCCGGGAGCCUGCGAAAACAAAAAGGGUCAGGCCUGGGACUUGGCAAAACGGGGGAGCUGAGAGAAGGAGGAUCACUUAAUCUUUUUUUGUUCUUUUAUUUUUGUUUUGACAUUUUUUGGCUUUUGUACCACAUUUGACUGUAACUCUUUCAGCAAUGCCGUCCAACACUGUCACCGAUGCCACCAAUUUCAAAAGCUCAGACUUCAGGUGUGAGGCUGCCGGGAAUCAAAUGAGUGAGAACUUGGUGCUGGAGAAGACUCUGGCUGCGGAGGAAAGGCCGUCGAAUAGUAACCCCCCUCGCAAGGUUGGCCGACCUGGCCGAAAACGCAAACAGCUCCCUGUGGAGGGCUGUGGGCCCAUGAAGGAGAGAGUGGGCGGGACUAAGAAUCACAGGGGGGUGGAGCUGCAGUCCUCAGCGCAGGUUCAGAAUGGAGAUGUGGGUAGUCACGGAGACAGAACCUCUGAAGCCUGCCGUCCAAAACAGGAGAAGAAUGCCUCAGAAAACGGUCUCUCUGGCCAGGCUGGCCGCAGGGCCGAGUGUGCUGCAGAUUCUGCCAUGAGCCCCUCCCUGGAGAAUGGAUUCAGUGUCGGCCGAGAUGAACAAGGCUCCGAGAAGGACAAAGAGGAGACACUGCCAACACCGCGCAAGAAACGAGGGAGACGGAAACUAGAGCGGCCAACUAAAUACGUGGAGCAGAAGGAGGAUGAUAGCAGCGACUCGGCAAAGAAUGAGGGAGCUCGAGGCAGGCUCCGUGGGGGAGUAGGCUGGGAGAUCAGCCUACGUCAGAGGCCUAUGCCCAGAGUAACCUUCCAGGCUGGUGACCCUUAUUACAUUAGCAAGAGGACCAGAGAGGAGUUGCUGGCCAAAUGGAAGAUGGAGGCAGAGAAGAAGGCAAAGCUGGUGUCUGUGAUGAACUCAAUGGAGGAUCAUGCAGAGGCAGAGGCAGAGCCUCAGAAAGAGAGCUCCAUAAUCAACAGCCCAUUGCCCCAGGCUUCACCGUCACCACCACCACCACCACCACAACAACAACAACAACAACCACAACCACACUCUCAGCCUCAUCCCCAACACCACCAACCCCAAUUUCAACUUCAACCUCAGCCCCAAACUCAACCUCCACCUCAGCCGCAACCCCAAGCUCAACAGCAGCAGCAACAGCAGCAGCCCACAGACCCCGCCUCCCCGACAGUAGCCACCACCCCAGAGCCAGUAUCUAUAGGGGAUGGAGACAAGACAUCACCAAAGUCCACUGAUACAGAGCCAGAGUAUGAGGACGGCCGGGGCUUUGGAAUCGGAGAGCUGGUGUGGGGAAAGCUGCGAGGUUUCUCCUGGUGGCCUGGCCGCAUUGUGUCGUGGUGGAUGACCGGACGAAGCCGAGCGGCAGAGGGAACACGAUGGGUCAUGUGGUUUGGUGAUGGCAAAUUCUCCGUGGUGUGUGUUGAGAAAUUGUUGCCUUUGAGCUCCUUCUACACGGCCUUUCACCAGCCAACCUACAACAAACAGCCAAUGUAUAAGAAAGCCAUCUAUGAGGUGCUACAGGUAGCCAGCAGCAGAGCAGGCAAAGUCUUCCUGUCGUGCCCUGAUAGUGAUGAAACGGACACCUCCAAGUCCGUGGACAUGCAGAACAAACAGAUGAUCGAAUGGGCCAUGACCGGCUUUCAACCCACUGGACCCAAAGGCCUGGAACCGCCUGAGGAGGAACGUAACCCUUACAAGGAGGUGUAUCCUGAGAUGUGGGUGGAGCCUGAAGCAGCUUACACACCCCCUCCGGCCAAGAAGCCGCGUAAGAGCACAGCGACAGACAAGCCCAAGGUCAAAGACAUCAUAGAUGAGAGGACUCGAGAGAGACUUGUAUACGAAGUUCGACAAAAAUGUAGAAACAUUGAAGACAUCUGCAUUUCCUGUGGAACUCUGAAUGUUUCUCUUGAACAUCCGCUGUUCAGUGGAGGAAUGUGCCAAAGCUGUAAGAACUGCUUUUUAGAGUGUGCGUAUCAGUAUGAUGAUGAUGGCUAUCAGUCAUACUGCACAAUCUGCUGUGGUGGACGAGAGGUGCUCAUGUGUGGAAACAAUAACUGCUGCAGGUGUUUCUGUGUGGAGUGUGUCGACCUGUUGGUGGGACCUGGUGCAGCGCAGGCAGCUAUCAAUGAAGACCCCUGGAACUGCUACAUGUGUGGGCAGAAGGCUCAGUAUGGCUUAUUAGAACGCCGUGCCGACUGGCCCUCCCGCCUGCAACACUUCUUUGCUAACAAUCACGACCAAGACUUUGAUCCACCAAAGCUUUACCCUCCAGUUCUGGCAGAGAAAAGAAAGCCCAUUCGUGUUCUGUCGCUGUUUGACGGCAUUGCAACAGGGCUGCUGGUCCUGAAAGAACUGGGGAUUCAGGUAGAGCGUUACGUGGCAUCAGAAGUGUGUGAAGACUCUAUCACUGUGGGCAUUGUGCGACACCAGGGACGUAUUAUGUAUGUAGGAGAUGUGAGGAACGUCACACGCAAACACAUACAAGAAUGGGGUCCUUUUGAUCUUGUCAUUGGAGGAAGCCCUUGCAACGACUUGUCCAUUGUAAAUCCAGCAAGGAAAGGCCUCUAUGAGGGCACUGGUCGACUGUUCUUUGAGUUUUACCGGCUGUUACAUGAAGCGCGGCCAAAGGAGGGGGAUGAGAGGCCGUUUUUCUGGCUUUUUGAAAACGUGGUGGCUAUGGGUGUCAGCGACAAGAGAGACAUCUCUCGCUUUCUCGAGUGCAACCCAGUAAUGAUUGAUGCCAAGGAGGUGUCUGCUGCCCACCGUGCCCGCUACUUCUGGGGUAAUCUUCCUGGCAUGAACAGGCCGCUAACCGCUAUGAGCACUGACAAACUGGACCUUCAGGAGUGUCUGGAGCAUGGCAGGACGGCCAAGUUUGGCAAAGUAAGGACCAUCACUACACGGUCAAACUCCAUAAAACAAGGGAAAGACCAGCAUUUCCCUGUCUAUAUGAAUGACAAAGAGGACAUUCUGUGGUGCACUGAAAUGGAGAGGGUGUUUGGCUUCCCUGUCCAUUACACAGACGUAUCCAACAUGAGCCGACUGGCAAGGCAAAGGCUUCUGGGAAGGUCGUGGAGUGUCCCAGUCAUCCGCCACUUGUUUGCACCACUCAAAGAAUACUUUGCCUGUGUUUAAAACACAUGCUUAAAGUCUAAAAAAAAUAUAUGAAAUUUGAUGUAAAAAAAAUAAUAGCAAGAGCCUUGAAAUUGUACUCUUGCACAUUAUUUACAUGUCAAACAUCAAAAUAGAUAUUUCAUGUUAUUUCUUGUUUUUAAAAAAUUUGAUUCUUUUUUUUAUUCUAUUUAAUUUUUUAUUCAUUUUACUUUUUAGCAGUGUUAUCCAGUAUUUGAAUUGAUUUAUGUGUGCAAGCUAUACUUAAGGCGAGGCUUUCUUCUCAAGGCACUGUGAGACAAAAAAGAAAAAAAUCAGUGACAUUUUUAAGAAUUUUGAUUGGAUGGAAAACAUCACAGAUAUGAUUUAGGCUGGCAUAGUAGCUGAUGACAUGCCUGGGUUAGUGUUUCCUCAGAUUGAAUAGGCUAAAAACUGAGCUUAGCUGUUAGCUGAUGGAUCCUACCAAUAUGGCGCUCAAUUUCCCUCUCUUCCAGCAACUGAGCCUUGCAGAGAGAGGGAAAAAAAAAAAACCUCUGUCUUUCUCUUCAGUGUCAAGAGAGGUCUGUCUUAAAGAAAUCCAAAACACCAGAUUACAAAAUACCUCUUUGUUUACAGUUUCUAAUACACAACUGAAGGUAAUAACGGUACUACUGUAAUAGGUGACAAUAUGGUGCUUCAAGGUGGUGAAAAACAUUGCAACUCAUGUGGUGCUACUGUUUUUAGACAUGCUGGGUCACGUGCAAACUUAUUAAGUGACAGGAUUGAACGACGCUAAAUAUCGAGGAAAAAAACAAAAAAAACACAAAAGAUGAGAGGAAAACCAGGUAUGCCACAUCUCAUUUUAUAUCCUUAACAGCUUUUGUACAAUAUCUUACUGGUGCUUUCUUCCGAUCUCUCAGCCUUUCAAUCACUGAGGCCCGUAGCCUAUGUCUGCACAAAGACAACCUGAAGCCAGCCACAUGGGCAGUGAUGUUUUUUGUCAUCCAUACCUUGAUAUCAAAGUCUGUGAUGAGCUAAUUUUUUUCUAGCAUCAUGCAGACUUGAAUCAUUACUGUACAAAUUCUAGCGUGUGUGGAUGUCGCGACAGGGCGGACGGCCUAUCGUUUUCAUGGCCAGGCGAAACCCCCCUUAACUAGCGCCUCCCACAAGCUAUUACUCAGUCAGGUGCAAAACUUUGGAAAAGGUGCGGCUUCACAUUGUUCUUCUACCUUUUUAUAGCAAUUUUGUGCUGUGUUACCAACAAUAUCGAGCACUUUUGUAUAUGUAUACUUUUUUUUGUUUUUCCUUUUGGUAUUUUGAUUCUUCUUGAUUCUUGUGAAUUGCUUUGGUUAUGUUCUAUGAUGUGAAACUCUUUUUACCCUCAUGUAUGGUAAGACUUUUUGUAUUUCAGUAGGGCUGUGCCAAUAGAUGUGAUAGAGUGGAUUAGUACAACUGUUAAGGUAAAUCCAUCAGUCAUAUUUGUGGUGAAUGUGCUGCAGUGAAUGGGCUCCCUUCCCCUAUAUUCAGCUACUUUACGGCAGUACCUGGUCAUCUAUAUCGUUAGAAUGUGCCUGUUCUCAGCGUAGCAUGUAGGAUCACAGAAAGAAGAUGUUUUCAGUGGGCAUCGCUGUAUUGUGUUAUGUCAUAUAUUGUCCUCUGCUAAUGAAUUUGAUAGCCCCAGAAAUCUCCCUUUACACAGUUCUGUAGAUGACAAGUUAGUUAAAACAUCUAUGGACUAAAUUAUAUCAGUAAAUAUAGCUAUUUUGACGGCCUGUAAAACUCCGAAAACCUGUAUAAAAAUUAUAGUGAAACUCCAACUGCAUUUAGCACACUGCAAUGAUUAUAAAAAUACUUAAGUAUUCGAAUGAGUAUGAAAUAUGAAUAUAUUUUUAAUCUUAGAUGUUGCACUGUAUACAUGAUACUUUGAGCUAUUUCAAAUUGACCGUUUGCUCCUGUCUCAUGUUGAAAGUACAAUAAUAAUGCCCAGAUAUUUGUACAUUAUGUACAUAGUUUGUCUGUCGCUGUUUUUGAUUGUUUUUGAAUGACCUAUGAGAUGUACAAAUAUAAUUCUUUGCUAAUAUAUAUCAUGCAAUUAGAAAUUCACAGAUUGAAAAUAAAAUACAAAGAGUGGAGGAAUUGACAAAACUAAAUCAGCAUAAGCUAUGAAUUAGUGUGGUGGGAUGACCGCAUUUCUCUCUUUUUUUUUUCUUCUUUUUUUUUGUAUUUAUAUUUUAUGUGUUGAAUGGGAAAAAAAAAAGAUCAGGAUGAAAUUGUGAUUUUAAACGAUAGCUCAUUGACUGCUCUUAAGAUGGACAGCCUCAUCUUUACUGCACAGCCCUACAUGCAAAAGUUUUUUUUUUUAUGUUGGCUUGUUUUUCUUUUCUAAUUACUAAAAAGAGGGAUUGUAGGUGUUUCUUAAGGUGCUAAACAUUUUAUCUAAUUGAGAAAAAUAUAUUGUUUGGAAGAGAAAUAAACUUGUCUUGACAAUGACUGUUUUUAUGUUCCUUGUAGUAUUGGAGAAGCACUAUUAUUUUACUCUCUCAUAUAAAUAUAUUAACAAAGGCAUUUUAACUUUGUACUUGAAAAAAGUAAUGACAAUAAUUAAUGAAAGAUUCUUAUAUUGUUUUAGAAUAGACAUUGCUGUAUUUGGUGCUUAUCUGUGGGAAAAAAUCAUGUACUCAUAAUGGGACAUAGCAACAAAAAAACCCUGUAAUAUCCUUUAUUGUUAACAUUAUGUAUUUGCUUAGUAAUCAGAAGGCAUUGCUUCGAAGUACUACAUUCCAUGCUGCAAAACCCCUAUCCUACGUUUUGUUUGUUUGGCAUAGUUUUUUUUUUUCUGUUUCAAAUAUUUAUUGGCCACAACCGCUUAUUGUUUUCCUUCUCAUUAUAGGUCAGUUCUCUAUAUCUCAGUGACGUUGUUGACCUUUGUGACCUCGUUUGUCAUAGCUGUUACUGGCCUUCGUUCCCUUAGAGAUCAGUUCAUACAGCAAAUGUAGCAGUCAUUCUCCACUUCUUUCCUCCCUCCUCUCUCCCUUUCUUUUGUUAUGUGCCCAGAAAGAAGAAAAAGGCUCCUUAUGUACUUGUGCUGGAGAACACUUGAAUAAAUGUAUUG